AUGAAUCUAAAGGUUUCAUGUUGCCUUCUGCUCGUUUGUCUCGUUGUCUCGAGUCAAUCUCAGACACAACGCCGAAGAAAAGUCAUCCGCGUUCGAAGGCCAAUCUCAAAGGCCAGAGCCAUUGAUCAACGGCCUCCACCCGAACAGGUGGUCGGAUCUCAGUCUCAAUCCAGUGGUUGUCCCGAGUCUGAAGGCCUUCAGCUCUAUGAAGACCCUGAGAACUGCCACCGGUUCUUUAAAUGUGCCAAUGGAACACUUACUCACGAGGAAUGUGAGAAUGGGCUUCUUUUCGAUGAACGGACCGCUCAACUUGGAUCGGUUCAUAACCAUUGCAACUUCAAUUGGGCUGUGACUUGUGGAGAGCGAUAUUUGGAUGACACGCCUAUCGCCUCGUUGGGUUGUCCUUAUCGCUUCGGCAUCUUCAGGACCGAUAAAUGCAAGCCAUUCUAUAAUAAAUGCGCUUCAGGACAGUACGUUAAGACCCCUUGUGAGACCGGUCUGGUGUUCGAUGAGUCGAUUCACUCUUGCAAUUGGCCGGAUCAGGUCCAAGAAGAGGACGGUGGGUGUGACUCGGAGGCGCUUUUGGGCGGAUUCCGAUGUCCACCUCAAGAUAAACUGUCCAAACUGAACCAACGGUACUAUCCGUUCCCUCGUUUUGCCAUUGAGAAUCAACCUGAGUUAUAUAUUUCAUGUGUAAAUAACCGGCCUCGGUUGCAAUCUUGUGGUCCUGGAACGGAGUUUGAUUCCAAUGUUUUGGGAUGCGUCCAAUUGGAUGGUUUUUGA